UUUCACCCGGAGUUAAAAGAUUGACGCACUGCUCCAGGCGUCCUCUGUCAAUGUUACUUGUCUUCGAUUUUUUUUUUUUAAAUUCCUCUCAUCGAGUCGUUUUCCAUUUUUUCUGGAGGUUUUUAGCCACAAAAUAGAUUAAAUGACAUCCAGGGGGACGCCGAGUCGCUUCCUGAAAAGCGUCCUCCAAAACGGCGUGGGACGUUAUGUGUGCCAGCUUAAGCGGAUCUCCAUCAUCUUCUCCAAAAAGGGCCACAGCUCGCUAGGUGUCAGAGAUUUUAUUGAAGAUGGAGUGGUGGAUUACGCCAAACAGAACCCUGGCACCGUCGUGUAUGUGUCCCCGGAAUCGUGCAGCAAACCUAAAAUAGUGGCCGAAUACUUAAACGGCAACGUGAGGGAAGAGAUUGUGGCGAGCAAAACAUCCUCACAGGUGUCUGAGGUUCUAGCCAGGCUGACCAAUCAGUCGGGCCUGGACGUGAUCCGCCUUCGCAAGCCCUUCCACACAGACAACCCCAGCAUCCAGGGCCUGUGGCAUCCCUUCACCAACCGUCCCCUCACCCCUCGGAAUGAUGACAAAGUGUGACAUUUUGGAAUUGGUUAUAUUAAAUCAAAAGUUUUUGUGUACAGUA